AUGGAGAACAUAAGACACAUUGACUAUGAUUUUGCAACCUCAACCUCUCUCCAUGGUUUGCACAAUGCACUGCAGAGCAAACCCAGAAUCCGCAGAGUCCUCUGGAUAGUGAUUGUCUCACUUUCUGUAAUUGGAGUUUCUUCCCAGAUUACCCAACUCUUUAUUAAUUAUUUCACUUGGCCAACAUCCACGUCUCUCACCAUCAAGUAUGUUGAAGAUAUUGAAUUUCCUGCCGUUACAUUCUGCAAUUUAAACAGAUACCAAGAAAAAGCAGUGGCCAACGUGAGCAUAAUAUAUUUAUUAUGGAAAAUUGUGUCUGCAGUUCUGAGCAUUGAUGCUGGUGAUGGAAACAACAUUCCCGAAAGUGUCAAUAACUUUCUUCAAGGCAAUGAAAGUUUCAGCAUCAAGAAUUUCACCAAAGAGCACGGUUACCAGCUUGAUAACAGCACUCUAUUACAAUGUGAUUUCUCUGGAGAGCCCUGCUAUCCAAAUGAUUUUGAGCACGUGUUUACUGAGUAUGGCAAUUGCUAUACGUUCAAUCAUCAGAAUCUGAAAAGCAAACGACGAGUGAAAACAUCAGGAAGGGGACUAAGAGUGCUAUUUGAUAUCAAGCAGUCAGAGAUGACAGACAAUCCUGCCCUUGGUUAUACCGAUGCUGGGAUGAACUUUGUGAUCCAUUCUCCCAAUGAACUACCACAGGUUGAGACCAUGGGCCUGUCUGUGGGAGUUGGUAUACAUGCCUAUGCUGUAAUACGGCAACUGAAGACAAUAAACCAGGAAUACCCAUGGGGAGAAUGUAACCCUCACAUAAGCCUGGAAUAUCACGACACCUAUACAACAUACAGAUGUUUGCAGGAGUGUAAAUCAAAGUAUAUCAAACAACACUGUGGCUGCUUUCCUUUCCUGUUGCCUGGACAUGGACCUGAAUGUGAGCCAGGAAAGUACUACAACUGUGCGUAUCCCUUGCUGUAUUUCAUAGAGAAAGAGGGACUCUGCAAAGCAGGUCCAUACAGAUCCAACUGCCCCGCUCCGUGUCAAGAGACAAAAUAUGCCACUCGUGUCUCUUAUUCCACUUUUCCAAGUAACAAAGGGUUGCAUUUUUUUUCCACAAAAUUUCAGAAAACCAAGGAGUAUAUCAGGGAAAACUUUGUUUGCAUUGAUAUCGCUUACGAAGAUCUCAACUCCGAAUUAACUCAGCAGCAGAAGAAACUGCCAAUAUCCGAACUUAUUGGUGACAUCGGAGGACAGCUCGGGUUGUUCUGUGGUGCAAGCUGCAUAACUAUUAUUGAAAUCCUCGAAUACCUUAUCAUCAAAUCCUAUUGGCUGGGAUUAGUUUGGUUGCUAAAACUGCCAGAUGGUGUGAACAACAUUUCUGUCAUUCAGAUUUCUCAUCGCAAAGAAACAAAGCAACCAAAAGUCUUUUAAACCAAUUGGGUGAGAAGAGAGAAUCCUUGUGGGUAUUUUUUAACCUGGUCAUUUUAUUGAACAAGCUGAACAAGCUGUAAUUGAAGAGAAUGUCCAAGGGAGGGAAUAUUUACUGGGGGUAAAUUUGUGAGAUUUCAUAACAGAUUUGAUGUGAGAACACAAUGAAUCCGGGCUCAAAUCUCACACAUUUAUUCUCAAUUUCUGUUUCCUUCAUGAAUUUUUACAUCUAUGAAACAAAAAUCCAAACAGCCACUUUUAUCCAUAUAUUUAUCAAUAACAUAAGAAUUUAAGUAUUUUAUUGUUUAAAAAUUGAAGGCAAAUCUGAA